AUGGCUGGGGACAAGUCUGAGAACCCGAUGCGGGCGAUCCGCAUUCACAAGCUCGUGCUCAACAUUUGCGUUGGCGAGAGCGGUGAUCGCCUCACGAAGGCGGCGAAGGUGUUGGAGCAAUUGACCGGUCAGCAACCGAUCUUCUCCAAGGCGCGCUACACCGUGCGCACGUUCGGCAUUCGCCGUAACGAAAAGAUCUCCGCGCACGUCACCAUUGGUAACCGGGACAAGGCGAUGCAAAUUUUGGAGAGCGGGCUCAAGGUGAAGGAAUUCGAACUCCUCAAGCGCAACUUCAGCGCCACGGGUAACUUCGGUUUCGGUAUCAGCGAACACAUUGACCUCGGCAUCAAGUACGACCCGUCCACAGGGAUCUACGGUAUGGAUUUCUACGUCGUGUUGGAGCGCCCGGGCUACCGAGUCCACCGCCGGCGUAAGCAACAAAAGAAGAUCGGUAAGCAACACAAGCUUACCAAGGCUGAUGCGAUGAGAUGGUUCCAACAAACGUUCGAGGGCGUCAUCCUGAACAAGGCUGUCGCCUAA